AUGAACAGCGAAAGCCAAGGUCACACAGCCAACUUGGCUACAACACCUUACAAAGGAUUUAGUUCAAGAAGUCACUCAACAAGGUCUAUAUUCAACCCAAAUAUACAGAUAAAUUUUGUUGUUGUUGGGGAAAGUUGCCGUCAAAAUGAGGAUCUUAAACAAUGUCUGGAGCAUUUCAAAUAUCCAAUUAUUUAUUCUGAUACUGGCCAAGAAAUUCCUGAAUCUUCUCCGUGUGAAUACAUUUUUAUUCUUGAUAAUUUUGCGGAUCAUGUGUUUCGACAACUCUAUGCUAAUGGCAGGAGAAUCAUGGGACCUCCAGUUAUCAUCAAAUGUGCCCGUGAUAAUCUGCCUCUACCAAAGUAUGGUCGACCCCUCUAUUGUAUGGCCAUGAGUGAGCUUAUUUUGUGCUUCACUGGUAUUAAACAGAAAGAAAAAAUGGCCAAAUUGACAGACACUGUUCAUCACAUGUAUGGGAUAGUGAAGAAAGAAAUUUCACCAAAAGUCACACAUUUAGUAGCCAAUUGCUGUGGAAAUGACAAAUACAGGUUUUCAGUUAAUUAUGGCAUCCCCAUCAUGAGAAUAGAUUGGAUAAUGGAAGUGUGGGAGUACAGGAAUGACAUCUUGAGUCGAGCAGAUCAAGAAAAAUAUAUGUGCUUAAGGCUUAAGCCUUUUGAAUUUUGUUAUUUGGGUUUCUACGGCUUUAACGAGGAUGACAAGAAGCAAAUGGAAGAACUAACUUCUGAAAAUGGUGGAACUUACUUGCCUGCCGAUGAUAGUCGCUGUACACAUCUUGUAGUUGAUGAUCAUGCUAUAAGUAUUCUACCUGAAAUCAUAAAACCUAACGGGUUUAUUGUUCGAGCUGAAUGGUUUUGGGGUAGCUUACAAAUGGAUGCUUGUGCAUGGGAAGACAUUUACUUAUUUGAAAAGAAAGAAACUCCUGAAAAGAAAAUUCCACUCUGUUUAAAUAAUUCUUCUUCAAAGAAUAGAAAGCGAAGAUUACUUCAAGAUAUUAACCAGUGUUAUAAUGAUAGCCCCCAGUCUCCAAACUGGGGACCCAAAAGACUUUCCAGUGACCGUAAUGAAACCUCAAUCAAUGUCAGUCGAAAAUUUCAUGAGGAAAACAAUACAUCUAUUAGAGACGAAAAAAAUAUUGAUAAAAAAUCUGGCAAGCUAUCACGACGAUGUUUGGUUGUUAUGGAAUUGUUGCAGACAGAACGAAACUAUGUCAAGAUCUUGGAUACAAUUUUGAACACUUUUAAGAAAAAUAUUGAAAAUCCUCACCAGUACAAUGGACCUAUAUUGACACCUCUGCAGGUGAAAUCGAUAUUUGGCAAGAUUCCUCCCAUUUAUGAUGUUCAUUGUCAAAUAAGGAAUGAAUUGGAGGAAAUUGUCAACAAUUGGAGGGAGGAUAUCAUUAUUGGAAAUGUGAUUCUCAAACAUACUGACACCCUAGUGAAGACUUAUUCACCUUUUAUCAGUUACUUUGAAAACACAAAAGAGUGUAUUCUUGAGUGUGAGAAAAGAAAUCCCAGAUUCCAUGCCUUCCUCAAAGUUUCUUUGAAUAAACCUGAAUGUGGCCGACAAAGUUUGGUAGAGCUAAUGAUACGACCUGUUCAACGCCUUGGUAGUAUCAUUUUACUUUUAAAUGAAAUCUUGAAGAAGACAGUAAAAUCCAACCCUGACUACCAAAAAAUUGAGGAGGCUACGAAAGCAUUAAAGGAAGUUCUCACGUGCAUCAAUGAAGGCAAAAAGAAGACAGAAAAUGGAGUUGAGAUGUUCAAUUUGUUUAAUGAUAUUGAAUGUUGUCCAGCCAACUUAUUGUCUUCUCAUCGUAUAUUCUUAAAGAGAGUUGAUGUAAUUGAACUCAUCAACUCGGUCAGUUUAAAAGGGGAUGCACUUUCUCUAUUUCUGUUCAGUGACAAUUUAGAGAUAUGUAAAAGAAGAGCCAAGUCUUUGAGUACUUCAAGCAAGAGUCCUUCCAGCCACAAGACUCCUCAGAAACCAUUCAAACACUUGACUCUGUUACCACUGAAUAACAUCAAGGCAGUUUUAGAUUUGAAUGAAACUCAGAUUUGUCAGAAUGCAUUUGGUCUUUGCUGCAAUAAUGGUGACAAGAAUGUUUGGUACGCUUUCAAAAUUGAUGGAGACACAUCCAAGAAAGAAUUCCAAACAUUAUUGUGUCGGACAAUAGCAGACACUCUGUGUCGGACAGACUAUGAAAGGUUUCUUCAAACUGUUGAUGGUGAAAUGUUGAAUGCUGACACCCGGGAUUUGACUUGGAGUAGAGCACAUCGUAUUCGCAAAAAAGUUGGGCGUGCUUUCUCGUUUAGCAAAACUCCCCAACUAAAACGAAAUACAUCGGGUGUGACUAACAGUCUUAGUCGAUUCCCAAAAUCCCACCAUCAAUCGACUACAUCAGUUGUGGAGCAUCCUUUCACAGGAAGAAGACUGGCAAGUGCCUUGGAUCUCAGUGAUAUUGACUCUCCUCUGAACAACAUCACGGAACAAACCCAUUCUCUAGGUAACGAUAGUGACAGUAUAAGUCUGGAUGACUAUACCACCACGGAAGAGGAUGACCAUCAGAAAUAUUCUACUUUACCUACGAUAGGCAGCACAAAAUUGGACUAUUUAAAGCACCCACAAAACAACACAAUCAGCAAAUUUACGACCCUCCCAUCAAAUAGAGGCUGCUCUGAAAUUGAAAAAAGAAUAUAUCAUGUAUAG